AUGCUCGACCUCUGUUCCAUUUCACACAAGGGCGGCCUCGUCCUGUGGUCCCGCUCCUUCACCCCCGCCGCUUCGCAGACAGCAGCGUCCUCCGCGUCACCCGUCAACUCCCUAAUCCGGGAGGCUCUCAUUGAAGGCCGGACGGCGGAGAACAAGUACGAGAAGGAUGGCUACUCUGUCAAAUGGACGUUCGUGAACGAUCUCGAACUUAUUUUCGUCGUGGCAUACCAGCGAAUUCUGCAACUGACCUACGUCGACGAGCUGCUCGCUGCCCUCAAGACACUCUUUGUCAAACUUUUUGAACCGUUCUUGGCCACCUUCGUUGCCUCUCUGCACGCCGCCAGUAAUGGGAAGUUGUCUGCCGGCGCGAACCAGACGGCGACUACGUGGAACUUCACGAAGGCAUUCGACGGCUGGGAUGGUAUAUUCGACAAGCUUCUCAGAGGCCUAGAAGACAAGGCAGCUCAGGACCGGAGGGCGCGCGUGGGCCAUGUCCCUCGUCCUGCCAUCGAUUCCAGUCCGCCAUCCGACGAUCCUAGCACGCUCCCUUCGCAUGAUAGCGAAGCAUCCGUCGAUGAACAGCAGAUAGCGCGCAAUGUCCAGGCCUUGAAAAACCGCCUUCGCGGGAGAGGCGGACGAAUGGGCAAGCGCGGGGGUGGCCGUGCGGAUGUAGGAAACGGGAGAGACAGUCACCCCGGUUCCGAUUCCGACACGCCCACCAAGCGCAAGCCCAAGAGUAAAGCGCAACGUAAAUGGGGCGAUGAAGCUCCAUCCGAGUCCGAUAUGGCCUCGCUAGAUUUCAGCUAUGAGAAUAUUAACGGCAGUGAGGCCGCGUCAUUAGACCUGUCGGCGCUCGUAGACAAGGGGUCUCUCGGAAUCCGUACCCAGGACGGCCUCUACGAGGUCAAAGACUGGGAGUUCAGUAAGAACAGUGCGGCAGACGAUGUCAUAUCGAGAGUGAUUCAGGAUGGUGGUGGACCAAGUACGAAACCUAACGCGACAUCGGGGUCGCUUGGGGCGCUGGGCUCCAUUUUUGCCCGGCUUACCGGAUCGAAGGUCCUCACGGAAGAGGACCUGAAGCCAGUCCUCGAAGCCAUGAAGCAGCAUUUGAUGAAGAAGAAUGUGGCAAGGGAUAUCGCAGAAAAGGUUUGCGAGGGCGUCGGCGAGGGUCUCAUCGGCAAGAAAGUCGGCGGAUUCCAAACGACGAACGCAGCCGUCCGACAGGCGCUUUCGAACUCACUCACCAGAAUCCUCACUCCGAAGACGUCAACAGACCUGCUCUUGUCUAUCCGUACGAAGCUUUCAUCGCCCUUGCCAUCGACACAGCAGAGGUUACCCUACAGCAUCACAUUCGUCGGUGUCAACGGCGUUGGGAAGAGCACGAACCUUUCUAAGGUCUGUUUCUGGUUGAUCCAGAACGGCCUGAGGGUGCUUAUCGCUGCCUGUGAUACUUUCCGGAGCGGCGCCGUCGAACAGCUUCGAGUUCAUGUUCGGAACUUGAGUAUGCUGGGAGUGAAUGGAGCCACCAAUAGCAAGGGCCGAGUGGAACUCUACGAACGAGGCUACGGCAAGGAUGCUGCUGGUAUCGCCAAAGAGGCCAUUGCGUAUGCGCGAGACAAUGAUUUCGAUGUCGUGCUUAUCGACACGGCUGGCCGGAUGCAAGAUAACGAGCCUCUCAUGCGUGCCCUGGCCAAGCUGGUCGCUGUGAACAGCCCAGACAAGAUCAUCUUCGUCGGCGAGGCCCUUGUCGGCAAUGAAGCUGUCGACCAACUGACAAGUUCGAUCGGCCCUACGCGACUUCUCGGCGUCGUCGGGUAG